AUGCACGCGGUCAGUCCUCCGGCCUCUCUGAGCGGAGCCUCCGAGCGGCUGCAGCCGGACCUGGAGCCUGUUCGGACGGACUGCUCCCCGGGAGCUUCUCCUUUAAACUGGAGGAACGAAAAAGAGGCGAGGCCGCAGUUCAACGAGCUGACGGUGUUUCUGCAGCACCCUCUUCACCUCACUACAAGGGCAAUAAACCUGAACGAGUGCCCCCGCCAGCCCUACAUCCCCAUCUACCUGAUCGUGGCGGGGGUCUUUGGGUUGGCUCUUGCCAUUCUUGCUUGUCUACCCUGUGCCCAGACGCCCAAAGAUGGCGAUCCCAACGUGCUGAUCCCGAUCUGCACCACCUGGAACGCGCUGUCGUCUCUGUUCAUGUUCUGCUGGUUCAUCACAGGUAACGUGUGGAUCUACUCUAUUUAUCAGCCAAACUACAUCAAAAACGCAACCGACUUAGAGUCCUACUGCAACAAGACCCUCUACCUGUACGCCUUCUGGACCACGACGCUGGCCUACAUCCUGUUGGGUCUGUUUGUGAUCAUCGUCUGCUGCGUCUUCUUCUGCAUGUUCCUCUGCGGGCGCGCCGACCCCGACGAUGACGUGUAGAGACGCUUCCCGAAGCAAGGCCGCUUCCCGUGCCGCCGCCGCUGUUGGUGUUCCAGUCGUACCGAGGUUUAAAACGCGUGGCUGUGGCUCUCUGAGGAAAUCAAGAAAAGAAAUAAAAAAUGAUGGGGGCGGGUCUACACCAACGUUCACCCCAGCUCCUGGAGAGUUCUGCUCGACUUCCAGAAUUUGUAGAGUUUAACACUGGUUCUAAAAAAAAAAAAAGGUUUGAAGUGAUAGUUCGGAUCCUUUGGAGGGGCUCUGUGGAAAUGUUAUAAACAAUUAACAUCUUACCUGUUGUAGAUGAGCAAUGUGGGCGACCUUGGUUAGGAGAAAUGAGCUCAUGUGGAUGCUUUGGCCAUUGUUAUCGUGUUUAUAGUCUCAGAACACAAAGAGGAGAAAAGUGCAGAAGUCUUUCUUCAGGUUCGGGCUUGUCUGCCCGCUCCUGCAGAGGGCUAAGAAAACAAAAGUUUCUAUAACGGGGCUAUUUAUCUGGUGGCCCAGGGGCCAAAUCAGGCCCACGGGUGAGCUCACUUCGGCCCACCAUCGGGUUGAUUUUUGAAUAAAACUCCAUUUUAAACCGUAAAACAAACUAACUUAAAGACACUGGAUGUUCGGCCCUUGAGCUCUUGCUUUCAGUAACUGUGGCCCCCUGAGCAAUUUAGUUGAAGAGCCCUGCUCUAUAAUGUUCAUAUUCCUUUUAAUCCGACAAUAAUAAGUGGUGUUUAAAUUUCUCUCGCUUAUUUCUUUUUGUCUGCAAGAAAACGAGACAUUUUGGUUCAAAGAUCACAUUUCUAGGCGUCAAACAUGGCGUUGUUGACAGUAAUGUAAAAAUAAAAAUAAAGACGUGCCUUUAAUAAAACCUACGUGAGUAAAUAGGCUUCUAUUUGUAAAAAUAAAUUAAAAAAAGUCACGAAUAAAUCGUUGAUCACAAACUGAUCUUAU